CAUACGGGAAAGCCACCGCUAUAGGAAACGCAUGAUGCUGAAGCGGUCUGGUAGUGAUGGUGGAGAACCCUUGCCAGGUCCUUCUACAGAAGAUUUGGAUUGGGAAUUUGCUGAGGAUCUGGCAUUUCUACCAGAUAUUUCGAGGAAGAGAAAGACAUUCACGACGGCGCAGAAUGGUUCUUCACAAAUAGCGUUGGAAAGAAUUACUGGUGAUGCUAACGGAAAUUCUCAAUCUAAUUAUUUUUAUCAAACUCAUCCAUCCCAGCGCAAGCCACGAGAAGAUGAAACGGUUUCUAUAUUGGCUGAUAAUAUUGCAGAACUGAUUCAGCAUCAGAAAUCCACACCGCAAACGGACAGAGAAGAGCACCCCAUUGUGCACAAGACUGCACUAGCAAAUAUAGAUAGGAUGCUACAGCAGCUACCGCCGCACGUAAUCGAAGAUUCCUAUUUGAAAUAA